AGGAAACAAGGAGGAGGAUGGUCCUGCUGUCAAACACAUGAGAAUACAGCAGCAGGUUUGUAGAGAGCACCUAAUCAUAUUUCGUCACUCCUAGCAGGCACACACCAACAGUGAAUCAGGGAACACGAGCCGGCCACACAACUCGAUGAAAUGUGUUAGCUUGACAGGUACAUCCAAGCUGGCGGAGUGCUGUCUUUGGGAGCAGACGUCUACCAUGGAAACUUCAGACACCAUUUAGAAACAUGUUGGCUGUAUUAUAAUAACGGCGGGAUUUCUAACAAAACUGUGAGUGUUUGGCUAAAUGGGCAAAACUACACGAACGAACGAACUGGUCUUCGUGGGCGAGAAGUGGCUUUGAUUGAGCAACAGCUUGGAAAAUGUGCUGGACACUCAACAGAAAUGUUGCUGAGCUCAGACAGACCACAUGCGCCCUCUAAGCUGUCGGCUUCUGUGUGGCUGUUCACCGUAAUAUCCAGUCAGCUGCUCAAAAAAAUUCCCUCUUCAGUACCAUUACAUACAGUGAAGACAGAAUGCCUAUUAUCAGCAAUGCCAACCACGACUUCAGCAACUACUCAAUUAGCAGUGAUGACAGUAGCCUUGACAGAUUCUUCACUGAGAUCCCAGAAACAGAGUCCAUCAAGGGGGUGUACUUCCAGCGGGCCCAGCUACUACGUGACCCAAAGGCCUCACACGUGGUUGAUCACACUCUUCAAGUCCUCAUCAAUGUUGGGGGUAAUCGAUACACCUUCCCUUGGAGCACACUGGAGCAAUUCCCCCAGAGUCGCCUGGGACGCCUGCGCUUCUGCACCACCCCUGAGGAGAUUGCACACCUGUGUGAUGACUAUGAUGAGACAUGCAAGGAAUACUUCUUUGACCGCAACCCGACAGCUUUCCAGGUCAUCCUCAACUUCCUUGCAGCCGGGAAAUUGCGUCUGCUCAGGGAAUUGUGUGCCGUUUCUCUGCAUGACGAGCUUGACUACUGGGGCGUUGACCCAGGUCAUAUGGAGCGGUGUUGCCGUCGUCGCAUGAUCACCCGUGUGGAAGAGGUGGCCGAGCGAGAGCGCAAAGAAGAGGAGUGGAGACAGAAGAGGGUGAUGCUGAAAAAAAACACAGCAGAAGUGGACAGAGGCCACUGCAAGCUGAUCUGGAUGCUGCGGGAAGUGGUGGAAAACCCUCACUCAGGGUUGGCAGGAAAGAUAUUUGCCUGCCUCUCUGUCAUGAUGGUACUGGUCACGGUGGUCAGCCUGUGUAUCAGCACCAUGCCAGACCUCAGAGAUGAAGAAACUAGGGGCGAAUGUUCCCAGAAGUGUCACAGCAUGUUUGUGGUGGAGUCCAUCUGUGUAGGCUGGUUCACUUUCGAAUUUGUCCUGCGAUUUGUGAACGCCCAGAGCAAGCUGGCCUUUGCUCGUGGGCCCCUCAACAUCAUUGAUGCCAUUGCCAUCCUGCCCUACUAUGUAUCGCUGGUGGUGGACGUCAACGAUGAGUCCCAAGAGGAAGUCGUCAUGGGUGCUGGUAGAGGCUACCUGGACAAAUUGAGUCUCAUUCUUCGCUUGCUGCGCGCGCUGCGCAUCCUAUAUGUUAUGCGGCUUGCUCGUCACUCCCUGGGCUUGCAAACACUGGGCCUGACCAUGCAACGCAGCAUGAGGGAGUUCGGCCUACUGCUGCUAUUUGUCUGCGUGGCCGUUACUCUUUUCUCACCCUUGGUCCACCUUGCAGAAAUCGAACUGGCGCCAUAUGCCGCGACCCAUCCAGAACACAGCUUCAGCAGUAUCCCGGCUACUUACUGGUGGGCAAUCAUCUCUAUGACAACUGUUGGUUAUGGAGACAUGGUCCCCCGCAGCAUCCCUGGACAGAUUGUGGCAUUGACCAGUAUCCUGAGUGGUAUACUCAUCAUGGCAUUCCCCGCCACUUCCAUCUUCCAUACCUUCUCUCGCUCCUAUCAGGAGCUGAAGCAGGAGUACGAUAGGCUUUGGAAGGAGGAGAGAGGCGAGGAAAUAGCAGCAGAGUCGGAAGAGAGGUGCCCUAAAGUCGAGUUGACAUCAAAUGAGCACACAUCUCUAUCUAGAGUAGACAAUUUUGAGCUAAUGACAGACAGAGAUGAUCAUUCUACUCUUCCAAGUACAGCUUUCUAACAGAUCAGUAAUCUUGGAAAUGCAUGAAAAUACCAAUUCUGUUGACUGCCGCAAAACUGGUGUUUGGACAAUUUUUUCUCAUUUCUGUCAUUUCCUUUAUAAACAAAUGAGAACAGUUAGUUUUGUAUCACUGGAGAAGAUCAGUGAACGACAUACCACUAGAUCAACAAGCAACUAGUCUCACUUGUCAACCUAUGAUUGAAAUAAACUUUUUCUGUGUAGUUCUGAUGAAAUGUCUGCUUUUUCAGUUUAUAUCUUGUGUGACAGCUUGCAGUUCCCUAUUCCAUCGAUCCAUCCAUCCAUUAUCCUCAUUAGAGUUGCGGACUGCUGUUGCCUAACCCAG